UGCUCUGUUGUCUGCGAUCCGCUGUUGGUAGCAGACGACAAUAUUUAAACCAUGGCGUAGUAAACCUUAGUAUCAUCCACAUAAAUAGACACGUCUUUUCGGUUUAGGAAAAAACUAACUAAACCAAAGUAUACUUUAUAAGGUUUUGUAAGAAAACUGCAAGCUGAUAAUAGACUCAAGGAAUUUAUCUCAGUUUGAAGUGUAGUGAAAUGGUCGUCAAAGAUUGGCCGAGAUCUAUCUGCCUAGCGAUUGAGUGACAGUGACCAAGGGCACGUGCGCUUAUCUGAUCAACAGGUGGAUAACGUAUAAAUCUAUGGAAUAACUACAGGUAACAGAAGGAGAUGCCGUCUCUAAACCAGUUCCGGAAACCGGAAGGGACUGCGUAUCAGGAUAUCAGUGGCACAUUCAGCAUCAUUGUGGAGCUUGUAAUGGUGCUGGUCAACUUCCUGCCUCUGAUCGUAAUCAUAAAAUGGAAGAAAUAUCGGGAACGAACGACGACAGACGAUCUGGUCAUUGUCCUCAGUGUGUCAUACAUUGUGUCUGUUCUAAUACCAACUCCUCUUGGACAUAUCAGUUACUUCCAACAGAAAUGGUAUGGCGGGGAAUCUAGCUGUAAUUUCUAUCAGGUAACCAGCACGUGGUUUCGUUUGACGUCACUCUUUCUUGUCACUCUCCUUUCCAUCGACAAAUCGUUCGCCAUUUACCUGUAUAGGGCCCAUAACUUUACAGCAAGGUAUCAUGGAAAGUUAAAAAUAGUAGGAAGUAUAACGGUAAUUCUUUUAUUUACUCUCAUUGUAUCGUGUUUACCAGUCAUGGGAUUUGGACCCGAUUCAUCUACCGAUACCCGGUGCGAGUCAUGGAUCAGUGCAUCGCCGAAAAAAAAGCGGGAACAUUUAUUUUCGUAUUUGUUUUUAUUCUGUGGAUUCGGAAACUUUUUGUGUGUGUUUGUAACGAAUUUUUACAUGUCAUGGAGUUUGAGAAAGUUAAAGAAAAAUCUGUAUGCAGGAGAUCGCUACAGAUCGACUUCAAGCCAAAGUGCCGUCAGGUGGCAGAUUGAGGGAAUCGUCGUCUUGCAUGGAGUAAAAAUGGUCAUAGCAGUUUCAGUGCUUUUAUACAUCACAUGGUUCCCGACACUGGUUCUGAUCACUCUGCGGAAGGUUGGGCUGAAGAUAAGCGAUAUUUCCGUCCUGUAUGCUCUCCUCAGCACAUCCCUAUCUGGACUCCUCAACCCAAUAAUCUUCGGUCUGUUCGACAAAUCCUACCGACACGGCUACAAGAAAAUACUGAAGUCUAUCAAACUCACCUGCAAAUGUAGAAAAGGCGAAUUUCAACAAAUACAAGCUGUAUCAUCGGACCCAAACGUGCCUAGAUCUGCUUCUGACGCUGUUCAGCUGUCCACAAACAACUACCGAGACCCGCUCCCUCAUUCCGCUUCGACAGGUACUUCCGCUUCCGGUCUAAACAAUGCUGCAUUCUGUGACGUCGCAACACACAAUCUGGAAGACAGUGAACGAAAGGCAGAAAACAGUGCUCUUUUAAAAUAUAUAGGAUCAGACAAAGGCAGAAAAGACAACGAAAGAACGGGACUACUGGAAAAUUCAUCGUAUUUUGCAUCGUCGUCGGCGUUCGGAGGACCUGCAGACCCCAAUGAUGAUUCUCAUUCAUCGUCUUCGUCGCUAUUAUCAUCUAUAUGUGAUUCACAAGACGAUCGAUCUUACUCAUCUAGUGAGGAAGAAGAUGAUGACGAAAUGGAAUUCGAUGAAUCUGUUGUAGAGGAAAGUACGAUGUAGUUCCCUUCUACUUAUCUGAGAUCGAUUAUUACUAUUUCUGAAAUAAAACAAAUUAAUAUAUACCCUU